CAAGAAGGUAGAGCCUGGUGCUAAUGGAGAUUCACACAACGGCGCUGCGCCUAAUGUUGGUGCUCAGCAGCCGCUUAAUUCUGCACCUGCUGUUGCGGUGCCAUCUGCUGAUCCUGUUGCUUCAAAGUACAGAUGGAACUCCAAAUUCAGCUGCUGGCAGAAGUAGUAACUUAAGUCUUGAUGCUUUAGCCAAAGCUAAAAAAGCUUUGCAACUGAAGAAGGAACUUUCAGAAAAACUCAAGAGGUUAUCUGGGCUUAAUAAUAAACUUGGUACUGCUCUUUCUGAUGCACAAACUCCUAAGAAAGAAACCCAGCCUGUUUCUGGCUCGAGUGCGUCUUCAGGACAUGCUGGUGCGGCUUCUGAACUGCCUGCUAGUAUUGCCUCUGGGAUGGCAGCAGCUGCAGCUGUUGCAGCUGGUAUUUCAGGCCUUACCAACAUUCCCAAUUUGGAUGCUGUGAAGCGAGCACAAGAGCUUGCUGCUAGUAUGGGAUUUCGCCAGGAUCCACAGUUUGCACCUGUUAUCAACAUGUUCCCUGGUACAUCCAGUGAAUUAGCUGUUUCUCAAAGACCCGCCAAGGCUCCUGUUCUCCGUCUUGAUGCUCAAGGUAGGGAAAUUGAUGAGCAUGGGAAUGUUAUCAGCAUGACCAAGCCAAGCAGUCUGAGUACUCUGAAGGUCAACAUUAACAAGCAGAAGAAGGAUGCAUUCCAGAUUAUCAAACCUGACUUGGAGUCACUUGCAAAAUCUACUGUUCAUUUUGAUGAAAGGAUGGGCAUCAACCCAACCAAGCUCCUUCGUCCUAAAAGGCCAGGAUUCAUAUUUGUUGAGGAAGGCAAGCUUACGAGGCAGGCUGAAUUGCAGAGGAUUAAGAGUCAAUUUGGUGAUGCACAAGCUAAAGAGCUUAAAGUAAAACAAGCUCAACUUGCUAAGGCAAAGGUCGAAGUAGACAUGAAUCCAAACCUAAUUGAAAUUGCUCCCGGUGGAAGGCCUCCAAAGCAAAAGCAGAAGGAAGAGAUUCCUGACAUUGAGCCAUGGGACUCGAAAAUUUUAAUUUCUGCCACGUAUGAGGACGACAUUUCCUUGGAAAAGCUUAAUAUGGAUAGGAUAACCAUCUAUGUAGAACAUCCAGAGCCAUUGGAACCACCUGCUGAGCCUGCACCGCCACCGCCUCAGCCUCUUAAACUGACUAAGAAGGAGCAGAAGAAGCUCAGAACACAGAGGCGCCUCGCAAAGGAAAAAGAUAGGCAAGAAAUGAUUAGGCAAGGCCUCUUGGAGCCACCAAAGCCCAAGGUCAAGAUGAGCAACCUUAUGAAAGUACUGGGUGCAGAGGCUACACAGGAUCCAACACGUAUGGAGAUGGAAAUACGAACGGCUGCUGCAGAGCGUGAGCAGGCUCACGUGGACCGCAAUAUUGCCCGCAAACUCACACCAGCAGAGCGCCGUGAGAAGAAGGAGAGGAAGCUUUUUGAUGAUCCCAACACACUAGACUGGAUUGUUUGUGUGUACAGAAUCAGAGACCUAUCACACCCUCAGACACGCUUUAAAGUUGAUGUGAAUGCUCAAGAGAACCGGCUGACUGGUGCUGCAGUUAUCGCAGAUGGUAUAAGUGUUGUGGUUGUGGAAGGAGGGAAGAAAUCAAUCAAGAGGUACAAUAAGCUGAUGCUGAACCGGAUUGACUGGGCUGCUGCAGUUGGUGGCGAGGAUGACGCUGAGGAUGAACCAGACAAGCCGGUGAAUAGCUGUGCAUUAGUAUGGCAAGGUAGUGUUGGGAAGCGCACCUUUACCAAGUUCAGUGUGCACCAGUGCCGCAGCGAGGCUGCUGCCAAGAAGGUGUUUGCAGAUGCUUCUGUUCCACACUACUGGGAUCUGGCUGUCAACUUUUCAGAAGAUUCGUCUUGAGCUCAUCUUCCGUUCAAUUCAUGGAGGGUAAUUGCUGCGGAUUGCUCUACUAGUCACAUGCAGGUUGUGAGGCUGCUUUACGUGCAAAAGCCUACUUCUAGUACUGGACCGAGUAGUACUUUGAAUUGUUACGGACAUUUCAUUUUCAGACUGUUGAUAUGCUUGUUGGACUGAGUAGUACUGCUUACGUUAUCUAGACACUGAACACAUGGAAGAGCUGUUGGAAUUUUGCGGUAUAUCUUUCAGAUGUAUCUAGUCAGUCAUAUCAGUUUAAGAGCUCAGGCUGCGCAGGCCUUGCAUACUGUUAUGUUGCGAAUUGAUUCUAAGGAGUUGUGUCCGAUGCUAGUUUGAAUAAGUUGCUACACACUGUUUUUGAUGAA